ACAACGAGGAACAAUUUUCAAAAUCAGACAUACAGCUGUCAGCAGCUGCCGAUAUGGCUGGAUUCGGGGGCCUCGGGAGUGUCUUUCAGCGGCGGAGAAAGAGAAACUGCGGCAGCAGUCGACGCUGGGCCGUAAAGCGCAAGCAGCCGCAUAGGACUUCCGUCACACCAACGGCCCCUGAUCCAAACGAUGCGAAAAAAGUGGACAUUUUAAAGGAGACAAGUGUUCAAGACACUAAAGAACAGUCUUCAACACUAAGUAUUGAAGCACUGUUUUUUAUGGUUGGAAGUGUUAUUCAAAAGUGCAGAGAUACAAUUAGUAAAACCUGUUCUGGCUUCCUAAAUGCCUUUCUCUUUUGGAGAGGCUAUGCAGAAAGAGUGGAAUCCCUUCACCAAAAAGUAGAGGAGCUACAAAUUGAAAUAGCACAGUUGCAUUCCACUCUGAAAAUGUCUCGUGACGCCAAGAUUUCAGGUGGUACUUUACAAACAUCUGAUGGUGUUCACUGUUUUAUACCACCUCCUCCUCCACCUGUCUCCCUUCCACCUCCUCCUCCACCACCACCACCACCUCCUCUUCCUCCACCACCAUCCAUAUUUACCAUUCCAAAAAUUGCCAUAAUUCCUGUCAAGUCUUCCAAACCACCCUCUCUAAAGGAGAAGCUAGAUGUCCCUGUUGCGGUGACACUUCAGGCUCUUCAAGCAGUACGACUAAGAAAGGUGAAUGUAACCAAUAAAACUGAGUUGUCUCCAGACAAACGAAGAUCACCACUGGUCACACUUGCUGACUUGCAGAAAGUCUGUUUGCGACGCUCUCAAUCUGAUGUGUCAUUGAAGUUUAGAUCAGGCAUUAGAAGGACACCGACUAAAAGUUCAAUGAAUCUUCGGGUACAACUUCGAAAAGUGCGCAUGAGCAGGAGUCCUGGCGGUACACCCAUGCAAAAUAAGGAGAAUGAGGUUAAGGAUUCAAGCCUUGAAAUGAGCAUGACCAAAGCUUUAGGAAACAAGCGCCUGAAUGAUAUAACUAAAGGAUUAUCACCAAUGAAGUCCAUUUAAGACAAGAAACGGAUCAUUUUAUUGUUUUAAUCAUAAUUUGCUUUGUACAUUGUUUUUUAUAUGACCUUUUGGUAAUGCAUAAUGAUGUUGCCUUGUAUUUUGUUUGUUUGUUUUCUUUUGUAUGUUUACUGUGUCGGUGAUCAUCGUUUUCACCAGUUCAUACAUUCAUAUUGCUAUAUUGGUAGCGCUGCUAGUCAUAUAACAGUGUGUUAUUACUUGCUGCUUUUGAAAUGUUUCCUGCCACUCAUCUUACAACCCUUACGUUCCAAUCAUAAAAACAACUGUAAACUUUACGAAAAUUAAAUGUGCAGAUUGGACAUAUUGAGCAUAAUGCAGCUCAUCAGUGGAAUGUACAUGUCCUUGCUGUAAAGAGACUGUGGCAUGUGUUAAGUCAUCUGUAAAAUAUACUGCCUGUUACUGUGUGUUAAAGUUUUCCCCUGUGUAAGGUUGUUAAGUCAUUGAUCUAAAAAAACGCAAAGCACAAUGACUUUGUAUAACCGUUCCUGACAGGUGCCUUUGUGUAUUUCAGGUGUUUACACCAAAUUGUCUGAAUGCUAUUAUUGUAAGUCUUAAUAUUUUAAUGUGAGGGUCUUUUGCAAUAUUUUUGUAAAACGGUUUUAUUUGUAACGUUGUCUUAAAAAACGAUUGCAACGAAUGCAGUGUUUAAUAAACAGUGGACCUACAAAAAAUCGGUACGAAUGUGUGCAUUUUUUAAAUACUUUGUAAACAUUUGUUAAAAUACCUUCAAAAUAUAUCAUAUUAAUAUUAUUUACAUAGAAGGACCUGAAUUAUUUGACAGCG